AUGGGAAAUAUUUGCGGAAAGCAAGACCCCGAGGACCGACUCGGGCCCGGUCGCCGCCUCGGCUCCGCGCCGCCACCCUCCGCGACGAGGGCGUCCGUCCCCGCCUCGCAGGCGGCCACCAAGAAGCCCAAGCAGACCUACCAGAGCGAGGCUCGCGUCGUCGGGAGCGGGGGCCCCGGGGGCCAGGGCGCGGCGGCGACGCCGGCCUCGCAAGCGGCGAGGGAGAGAUGGAGUGGGGGGGGGGAAAAGGCCGUGGAGGAGGAUAGGAAGAAGCAAGAGGCGCAAAGGAGGAAGAAGACAGGCGCGGGGCGCAUACUCACCGCCAAGGAGAGGGAUGAGCAGGAACAGAGGUGGAGGGAGAUUGACGACAAUGACAGACAGGUCCGGGGACAGGCCAGCUGA